CUUUCAUCCCUCCUUCCUGCCCCUCUGUUGUCUGCUGUGCUUCGGUCUUUGCAUUAUAAUUUCUCUCUUUCAGAGCUGCGAGGACGCCGAGGUUCUGCUGCCUGAACUCCUGCUGAACAUCAGGCCUCAUGAGCCUCCACCAGAACUCGGCUCCUCACUGCCUCAGUGAUGAAGAAGAUGAAGAUCUCAACAAAGCGUUUGAUGUUCCAGGUUUCCAGCAGAUCCUUCAUCCUGCAGCUCGCAACCCGCCGGAGAAACACCGGGUUCUGGAUGAGCAGGACAUCGAAGAGCACCGUCACUCCUCCCUCCACGUCCAUCAUCCUCUUUCCAAGCCGCUCGCCGACAGCAGGAGGAAAAGAACCAAUGAGGGGAGGAGGGAGGACAGGCAAGGCUCCGCCUCCAACGCCGCAUCCACCACAGAAGAAGACGAGGAGGAGGCGUUUGGUGACGGAGAGGAGGGCUGGACCUCCAGUGACACGCCCACCUUGUCAUCCAGUCACGUCGGCCUCUCACCCGGUCACACCGGGACGAUGGCUGUUGCCCCUGACGACGCAGAUGAGGAUGAGACUCUGGCGUCAGUCGACCUGGAUGGCAUCAAGAGUCACAGAUUGGAUGAUAUUCCUGCGGUUCGACGUCACCUGGUGAGGCGGAGCUCCAGAGGGCCGAUUGUUCACAUCACCAAAGAUCAACUGAGCGGUUGGACGAACCAACACCUGCAGCCGGACCGAACACCUCACGAGGUGUUUGUGGAGCUGAAUGAGCUGGUGAUCGACCGGAACCAGGAGCUGCAGUGGAGGGAGACGGCCCGCUGGAUCAAGUUUGAGGAGGAGGUGGACGAGGAGACGGAGCGCUGGGGACGGCCUCACAUCGCAUCGCUGUCCUUCCGCUCAUUGCUGGAGCUCCGUAAAACCAUCUCCCACGGUGCCGUGCUGCUGGACUUGAAGCAGAGGACUCUACCAGGCAUCGCUCAGCAGGUGGUGGAGCAGAUGGUGAUCUCCGACCAGAUCAGAGCUGCAGACCGAGCCAACGUGCUGAGAGCGCUGCUGCUGCGACACAGCCACCCCAGCGAUGAGAAGGACCACAGUUCCUUCAGCAGGAACAUCUCUGCAGCCAACAUGGCCGCCCUGAUGGACAGACACAACGGCCAAUCAGAGUCCUGCAGCUACUCAGCCAAUCACAGAGAGGCUGAUGGAGACAAGGGCAAAAUAGAUCCUCCACCGUUCUACCACUCCAGAUCCAAACAUGAAGUGAAGCUGAUGGAGAAGAUUCCAGAGAGAGCCGAGGCCACCGUGGUUCUCGUAGGCAGCGUGGACUUCCUGGACCAGCCCUCCAUGGCGUUUGUUCGGCUGCAGGAGGCGGUUCUGCUGGAAUCCGUCUUGGAGGUUCCCAUCCCUGUGAGGUUCCUGUUCCUCCUGUUGGGUCCGCCCACCGCCAACAUGGACUACCACCAGAUCGGACGUUCUAUCUCCACGCUCAUGUCAGACAAGCUCUUCCAUGAGGCGGCCUACGAAGCCGACGACCGCCACGACCUGCUCACCGCCAUCAACCGCUUCCUGGACUGCAGCGUGGUGCUGCCGCCGUCUGAGGUGGGUGGAGACCAGCUGCUGCACUCAGUGGCUCAGUUCCAGAGAGAAAUCCUGAGGAAGAGGGAGGAGGAGCAGAGCGGCAAGCUGCAGGAGAAGAAGAGCAGCGCUCAGCAGGAUCCAGAUCCUCUCUCUCCUUCCAAACCGGCCGACGAGCCUCUGAGGCGUUCGGGUCGUCUGUUCGGAGGUCUGAUCAGGGACGUGAUGCGACGCUACCCUCAGUACCUCAGCGACAUCCGGGACGCCCUCAACCCUCAGUGCAUGGCCGCCAUCAUCUUCAUCUACUUCGCCGCGCUGUCGCCAGCCAUCACCUUCGGGGGACUGCUGGGUGAGAAGACGGAGGGUCUGAUUGGUGUGUCGGAGCUGAUUGUUGCCACAGCGAUGCAGGGAAUCGUGUUCAGUGUGUUGGGAGCUCAGCCUCUGCUGGUGAUCGGCUUCUCAGGACCACUGCUGGUGUUUGAAGAGGCCUUCUACACCUUCUGUAAAGACAACGGCAUCGAGUAUCUGACGGGUCGGGUUUGGAUCGGCUUCUGGCUGCUGCUCAUCGUCAUCCUGACCGUCGCUUUUGAGGGAAGCAUCCUGGUUCGCUUUGUUUCCCGCUUCACCCAGGAGAUCUUCUCCUUCCUCAUCUCCCUCAUCUUCAUAUACGAGACCUUUGCCAAGCUGGUUAAGAUCUUUCAGGAGCAUCCUCUCCAAAACUGCUACCAUGGAAACAACACCACAUCUCCGUCUCUGUGUAACUUCACCGCCAUGGCUGCCGGAAAUACUGGGAAGGUGGUGGGAGAGCCGAACACGGCGCUGCUGUCGCUCGUCCUCAUGGCGGGAACGUAUUUCAUCGCUUUCUACCUGCGCAAGUUCAAGAACAGCUCCUUCUUCCCUGGAAAGCUCCGGAGGAUCAUUGGAGACUUCGGCGUACCCAUUGCGAUCCUCAUCAUGGUGCUGGUGGACUACAGUGUGGAGGACACCUACACUCAGAAACUGAGCGUGCCCAGUGGAUUCUCCGUAUCCAGUCCGGAGAAGCGUGGUUGGCUGAUCUCUCCUCUGGGCUCAGACGGCCAGUUUCCAGUUUGGAUGAUGGGCGCCAGCAUCCUGCCGGCCAUCCUGGUCUUCAUUCUGAUCUUCAUGGAGUCCCAGAUCACAGCGCUGAUUGUCAGUAAGAAGGAGAGGAUGCUGGUGAAGGGAACUGGUUUCCAUGUGGACCUGUUGAUCAUCGUGGUGGUGGGCGGAGUCUCGGCACUGUUCGGGUUGCCGUGGUUAUCAGCUGCCACGGUUCGGUCGGUCACCCACACCAACGCCCUGACCGUCAUGAGCAAAGCUGUUGCCCCUGGAGACAAACCUCGCAUCCAGGAAGUCAAGGAGCAGCGGGUGACGGGCUUCCUGGUUGCAGUUCUAGUGGGUCUGUCCAUCGUGAUCGGGGACGUCCUGCGUCAGAUCCCCCUGGCGGUGCUGUUUGGGAUCUUCCUCUACAUGGGGGUCAUGUCCCUGAACGGGAUCCAGCUCACCGAACGCCUCAUCCUGCUGCUGAUGCCCCCGAAGUACCACCCCGACCACAGCUACGUCUGCAAGGUGCGGACGCUGAGGAUGCACCUGUUCACUGUCGUCCAGCUCACCUGUCUGUCUCUGCUGUGGGUUGUCAUGGCAACGGCGGCGGCGCUAGCAUUCCCCUUCGUGCUGCUGCUGACCAUCCCAGUGAGGAUGCUGCUGCUGCCCCGCCUCUUCAGCAGCCGCGAGCUGCAGAGCCUGGAUGCUGAUGAUGCGGAGCCUCACCUGGAGGAGAGGGAGGGGCAGGACGAGUACUCUCAGCUGCAGAUGCCCGUGUGACCCGGCAGCCGGCAGCUGAUUGGUGGAGCUCAUUUCCAAACUGUUCUGCUCACUAAAAACGUUCUAUCAGUAAAAGCAAAUCUUCUCCUGAAAGUGAUUUUCUGUCGUCAUUUAUCGGCUUCUCAGGAACAUUUACUGUUCUGGAAACACUUCCAGAACCGUUCAUCUGAACACUGUGUUCAGAUGAACCCAGGAACCACCAUGUCUCCUCAGAUGUUUAAACCAGGCGUGAACUAACCGUGACGUCACCCGUUGGUUUCAACGCCGAGAAAAUGAAGCCCGGAUUUUGCUACUUCCUGGUCGCCGUUUUGGAUUUUUUGGAGCCAGUGACGUAAAAAGCGUCAUCAAACAGACUGGACCGGAGAGCAACUAGGGGCAGGAUUGGCUGAGGACUCUCUUAUCCCGCCCACAUUUUACCGCAGAGGCUUCUGUUGCUGUCCAUCAAGUAUAGCCACGCCCCCUGGCUCCGCCAACUUUAACGAUUUAUUUAAAAUUCAGUAUUGAUUUAUUUUAAGAUCGGCCACCUGAUCUCUCAUUUUGACCAUGAAAACUAAUAGUAGGGAGGUUAAUCAACUUUUGACUUCAAAUCAUGAUGCAAAGGUCCCCUUUGGUAUGGAAGUACCUCAGGGCAAUAGAAAUAAAUUUAUCCAAAGACACAAGUGAGAUCACCUUUUGGGCGGCCAUUUUUAAAAUGGCCACCGACCAUACAGGAGAGGCCCAUAUCUUUGGUUCCAUUAUCGCUAUAAUGACAAAUUUGAUGUCAAAGUGGACAUAUUUGAGGUCAAGGAAUCCAAUAAAAUAGGUUCCAAAACUAAAAAAAACAAUAAUCUUCUUCUUAAGAUGAAAAUUGAAGGUAAAAUGUGCAAUUUAUGAUUUAACAAAGCAUGCCAAACACAGUUCAUUCACAACUCAAUAAUAAUUUAAUAAAUAACAACUUAAAGCAUUGAAAAUGUAUAUUAUGGAUGCAGAGAAACUGAGUAAUGAGACAACAAUUUCAUAAAUAUGUUCACAUUUUAGAAGUAGGUAUUGCCAUACCUACAACUUUCUAGUGAUAGACACUAAUAGUUUAGUGUAAAUACAUCGCUGAGAUGGUUUCCUAUUUAGAUGUAUGACCACUGUGGGAACAUAAGCCAUGACAUCCACAGAGAGACAUGCAAGGCAGCCUCUGCAAGGUGCCUUACAGUCAGUCUUACACUUGCAAAUGACAAGUUCUGGCAAGUCUUUUGAAAUAGUGGCAGUUGUAGUGUAGACAGGAGUUGGUGGAGAGUCUGAGGAAUCCUGCUGCCAUCCCCACAGAGACGGUGACACUCUUGCAUGGUGUUUGACAAGUAUAUUGCCCCACACAUGUCCACUCUAAAGAGAAACAUGAUUAGUGAUACAAAUGCCCUUUCUUAUUUUUAGCAAUAUUUAAAUUAUGCUCCUAUACAAAUUUGUCUUGCCUGAUGUUGGAAAUCAGCCUAUCCUACAAUUAAACAAACCAACAGAACAUGUGUAAGGCUGUUUCCGCCCAGUUCUUUUGAUGGAGUAGUCAGGAGACUUCUUCUUAAAAUCAAAAGUAUUUAUUACAGCUAAAUUGAAUGUGAAUACAGAGCUCUGGGCCUGAAUCCUCUGUCCCUAACCGACAAUAAGUGUUCAGUCAGUUCGGAUGGAAUCAGACUAACUGUUCCUGACCCAGUCUUCUUAUACUCUAACAGUGUGUAUAGCUAUCUAUCAAGGCUGCCCCCCCUUCCGAUGCUGCGUUGUUCCGCUGUCCUCUGUCACAGCUGAUGUUUUGUCAUUACGCUCUCAUAGGAAUGACUUCUCCGCUGCAAAGCAAGAUUAGAAACUGCACACACACCAAGCUCAUGUUCUUUACUGAUUACGGCUUACGUCAAAAACUAUCUGUACCUUUAUUAUCAAAAACUGUCUGUACUUUGAUUAUCAAUCACUUUAUGUCUUGAUCAUCCUUGGUUUCAAUCACAUGAGUAAUAAGUAAAAUAAAGCUGGACUUAUCUUCUUUGUUUCA